CAGCUGGGCAAUGUUUACAUCCAGCAGUGCUCGCGGUCUGCGUUUAUGAACAGAAGCUGAGAUAUAAACAACCGAAGUGGAUUAGCUAAACGGACAAUAUUCGUUCAGCCACGUUCAUUGCGUUCAAGUUCGGUUACGCUUGGUCGACUGUAAAGUCGUCGAGGUUCUGUGACGAGUUUAAAUUAUAACCAACACUCUAUUUCUCCCGUCUUUGCCGUCAUUUCCCCCCACUUUCCUUUGCAGGCUAUAUAAGGGCUAAAAUGGGAGGCGCAGUCAGUGCUGGUGAGGACAACGACGAGUUGAUUGACAACCUGAAAGAGGCUCAGUACAUUCGCUCUGAUCUAGUCGAACAUGCAUUCAGAGCUAUUGAUCGUGCCGAUUACUAUCUGGAGGAGUUUCGUGACAGUGCCUACAAGGAUCUGGCCUGGAGACAUGGCAACAUCCACCUUUCUGCACCUUGUAUCUACUCUGAGGUGAUGGAGGCCCUGGAUCUACAGCCUGGCCUGUCGUUUCUCAACCUUGGCAGUGGUACGGGCUAUCUCAGCACCAUGGUGGGACUUAUACUGGGACCAUUUGGUGUGAAUCAUGGUGUUGAAUUGCAUGAAGAUGUUAUUGAGUAUGCUUAUCAGAAACUGGACUUCUUUAUCAAGACAAGUCAUAGUUUUGACAGGUUUGAUUUCUGUGAACCUUCCUUUGUGGUGGGUAACUGUCUGGAGAUUGCCCCCGAAUCUAAGCAGUAUGACAGGGUUUACUGCGGCGCAGGGGUCCAGAAAGAACAUGAGGAUUACAUGAGGAAGUUGUUAAAAGUUGGGGGUAUCCUAGUAUUGCCACUGGAAGAAAAGCUUACUAAAAUUACUCGGACAGGAUAUAACACAUGGGAGACGAGAAAGAUAAUUGCUGUAUCCUUUGCACCACUUGUGCUCCCAAAACACAGGGAAAAUGGCAAACCAAGAGCGGUGUCAUUGCCUGUCAUGUUUGAGGUGCGGAGUCUCCAGGAUUUGGCUCGCAUCAGCAUCCGUCAGAUUCUGAAGAAAUCUGGGUCUGGAUCCAUGCCCCUACCCAGGAGAACUGGAUCCAAGAGAAGAAAUAACCUGAGACAUAAACGAGAGCCCCGCGAUACCGCUCUGCUUACCAACAGUUAUUUAUUUAUGAGUCGCCUGAUCCCUGGACCCAUGGAUAACAAUAAUAACCAGUCAGCAUCAGACAACGAAGAUGAUGAUGAAGACUGCAGGAGGGCGUUUGAACAAGAGGAGAGAGAGGAGAACGGGAGGAGGAAGGAGGGCAGUGUUUUGGUGUCAGAGAUUCCAUUAAACAUCUUGCGGGAGAGGAUCCUCAGUCUGCCUUUGCCGGAGCCUCUCAAAAUGUAUCUUCUUUACUACAGAGAGAAGUAGACAACAUUUCCUAGUGUUGCACUGUCACCAUCAAACCCUGACAAGUCAACCACUUUCUUUCAAAAUCACGUCAUUCCCUUAACUAAUAAAAACUUGUAUAGUUAUCAGCUUACCACUUGUCACCUCAUUUAUAGUAAAAGAUUUAUCUUUGAUGUGAACGGUUAUGUCAAGGUUUUAAACGUUUUCUGGAUUCAAAGAGUACUAACAAGCGCCACAAAAUCAUGUCAGUUGUGUUGAGUGACUUACAAAUGAAUACAGAAGAACCAAGAUUUAUGAUGAAACAAUUACACGUGUGUUAAGUCCAAAAGUUUUUGUGUAUUAAUAUUUUAUGUUUGUAAACUUGUCCAUUUUUACAGCUGUUAUAUCCAAUUGUAUUCCUCUGGUGUAUAAAUUUGUAUAAUCAAGUCUUAUUUGUGUAAUUUAUUACACUUAUAUUAUGUGAAUACAAACACAAGUGUAAAAACGUUGAGUGUCUAACAAUCAGUGAUGACAAAUUUAAGAAAUUAUACUUGAAGUGUUUCGCCAGUUUUAAAUGGUUUUGCAUUUUAUUUUGAUUAAUUUAUUUUGUACUGUAUUUGUUUAUAUUAGUAAAUGCAUUAGCUAAAACGAAUAAACAAUGAACAAUGCAGCUACAGCAAUUACUAAACUUAAUUCACAAUGAACUAACAUGCAUAACUAUAUUGGCAUUAACAAAGAUUAAUCAACUAAAACAAAAACUACUAUGUUAGGUAAUGCAUUUACUGCUUAUGCAUUUAAUGUUAACAAAUAUAACCUUAUUGUAAAGGGUUUCAAACAACUUUUUUAAUGGUGCUCCUAAUUAUUCUUUGUCUGCAGGAUGUGCACAUUGUUCAGUGAUGCAGAAUGCACAAAUUAGAAAAAGUUUUACUUUUAUAGUUGCUGUCACACUAAACUCUUUAUUCUAAAAAUGG